CCUCACAUUAGUUUAUCCAUUUAUAUUUAACCAUUAUAACCCUAAAAACACUCCCAUAACAACAAAAAUAAUAGUUUUAAUUAUAUGCAAAAUGUAUCAUCAUAAAACCAUAUUCUUCUUAAUAAUGAUGUUACACAUGCUAGUAACCACAUCUUUAGCUCGUCCCCAUGGAUUCAAUGAAGGCCAAGGAAAUCCAAAAAAGGAAACAACCCUAGGAAAAGAAGCAUCAACUACUAACCAAGAUAGUAUGGGCUCCCAAAUGGGCUCUGAGGGCUGGGGCCAUGGGCCUAAUUGGGACUAUGGAUGGGGAUGGGGAGCUGGGCCUAGAAGUGGUUGGGGUUAUGGAUAUGGGUCAAGCCAUACCCCUAGUGGGUUUGCUAGGGGUUAUGGGUUUGGAUUUGGGUCUGGAUCAGGGUCUGGAUAUGGGUAUGGAUCCGGAUAUGGAUAUGGGUCUGGAGGAGGUGGGGCGAGUGCAUAUGGGUCGGGAGCUGGGGGAUAUCAAGGAGGAAGUGGUGGAGGUGGUGGAAGUCCUUCAAAUCAUGGCUAAAGCUAAUUUCCUUAAGUAUAACCGUUUCUGUUUCUUUGAAUUUGCUACAUUAUAUUCAAUAAGUUCUCAUUUUGUUUUGGAUUAUAUAUAGCAAAUUCAAAGAAACAGAAGAUUAUUAAUUUCUUUAAAAUGUUUUAGGUGAUAGAAUUAAUCAAAAGACUAGUAUGAGUAUAUUUUAACUAAUUAAUUUAAUAGUAGUAUGUUUAAGCUUUUUGAAUUACAUAAUGAAUGUGAAAGGUGAAGCGUGGAUGUUGUAUUGCAUAAUUUGUCAAUGUAAUGAUGAAGAUGUUGUUCCAUCAUCAAAUAAAUAUGUGCACUAAAAGUGGAAAA